UCUCCAAAAGCAUCGAUCCGGAGUCCUUAUCUCGCUUCUCUCUGUUCAUGCAACAUUAUCUGCCAUCGUUUUGCCGUCUCGAUCAUGAGUCCUACAAACCAAGAUCAGAAAGAAAGACUUUUCACCCGCAAGUGGCGGUGGCUCAAGGCUUUUCCUGAGAGGUUGAAAGCCAAGGCGUGUGAAGUUUCAGCAAACACGAAAAAGAUUGCCCAAGACGAUCCUAGAAGAGUUAUUCAUUCGGCAAAAGUAGGACUCGCACUCACCUUGGUUUCAUUGUUCUACUAUUAUCAACCGCUGUAUGACAGUUUUGGUUUCUCUGCAAUGUGGGCUGUAAUGACUGUGGUUGUCGUCUUUGAAUUCUCUGUAGGAGCCACGCUUGGAAAGUGUUUGAACAGGGGAUUGGCAACAUUAGCAGCUGGUGCUUUAGGUGUUGGAGCUCACCACCUAGCUAGCCUAUCUGGGCACAUAGGCGAGCCCAUAUUACUUGGGUUCUUUGUCUUUCUGCAAGCUGUUACGUCUACAUUCACAAGGUUCUUCCCCAAAAUCAAGGCCAGAUAUGAUUAUGGGCUGCUGAUUUUUAUAUUGACAUUCUCAUUGAUAUCUGUAUCCGGUUUCCGUGAUGAUGAGAUAAUAGAAUUGGCGCACAAAAGGCUAUCCACCAUUAUCAUUGGUGGGCUUGCCUGUGUGAUCAUAACCAUUUUUGUUUGCCCUGUAUGGGCUGGUGAAGAUCUUCACAAUCUGAUUGCUGUCAACGUGGAGAGGCUUGCUAACUUCUUAGAAGGAUUUGGAGAUGAAUACUUCAAAACAACAGCGGAUGGAGAGUCUACUGACGGCAAGUCGUGUCUGGGUGAAUACAAGAAUGUUCUCAGUUCAAAAAAUACUGAAGAAUCCUUGGCUAAUUUUGCGAGAUGGGAGCCUCGUCAUGGCCACUUCCAGUUCCGCCAUCCAUGGAAACAAUACCUCAGAAUUGGAACCCUAACUCGCGAAUGCGCCUACAGAAUAGAUGCGCUCAGCGGCUACAUCAACUCCGACGUUCAAGUUUCACUUGAAAUUCGCAGUCAAAUCCAGGAUGCAUGCACGAAAAUGAGCUUGGAAUGUGGCAAGGCACUGAAAGAAGUAGCUUCUGCAAUACGGACAAUGAGUAAACCAUCUUCAGCCGACCGCCAUGUUUCAAACUCGAAAACAGCUGCCAAGAAUCUUGAGUCAUUACUCAGAUCAGGCUUAUGGGAAAAUGCUGAGCUCUUAGCAGUGAUACCAGCUGCCACGGUGGCUUCUCUACUCUUCGAUGUUGUCAAGUGCACUGAGAAAAUCGUUGAUUCUGUUCAUGAGCUAGCAUCCAUGGCGCAUUUUAAGACUGUAGAUCGUACUGUAUCCCCAGAAAAGGAAGAAGUACCACAUGAUAUUGAACAACUUAAACCAGUUCCCAAGAUUGAUAGCCCUCAUGUUGUUAUAACAGUUCAUGGGUCAACUAGUGCAGCUUUCCCAGAAAAUGGCACUACUCCCCACCAAUACUACUGAAUAACAAACAAACGGCAAUAAUGUAAAUAGAUUUCUCAAUAUCUAACGAGGAAAUUACUCCUCCGCUAAGUAUUGUAAAGUUCGAGUGUCUUGAUUAAACUUCGACCUUUAAUACACUUCAAAAAUAGGA